AAAAUCACAUUUAUUCUACCUUCUAUCUUCUCCCCGAAGCUCUCCCUCGAACCCAUCUUCGUCUCCUUCAACAGAGGCCAUCUUCGUUUUUCAUCUCCUUCUUCAGAUUUCAUCUUUGUCUCCUUCAACAGAGGCCAUCUAUGUCUUACAUCUCCUUCAACAGAGGCCAUCGUCGUCUCCUUCAACAGAUUUGAAGCCUCAUUGCAGGGAUUGGAAGUCGAAGAAAGGGAAUCAUGACCACGGUCACUACGGAAAGGCUCAUCCUUGUAAAUCUUGUUCCAGAAAGCCUCCCUUAGGGACUGAUUAUGCUGGUGUCCUCUCCAUUUGAUCUUCAACACAAUCGUAGUCUUCCCAGAAUUAUCAAGCCCACUGCAAAGACGAAUUAUUAAGCCUCGUAGUCUUACAUCUCCUUCGAACCUCUCUCCCCUGUUCUUCGAACCCAUAUUCCAACCUCCCUCCCCUGUCCUCUGUCGAACCCAUCUCCGUAAGUUGUUUAUUUGUUUAUUCUACAUAUAAAGUUAUUUAUCUUGUGAUAUAUUGUAUUGGAGGAAUGCAGACAAUCGGCGGGAGGGAGCGAAAGAGGGGAGAGAAAGUGAGUGACGGAGCGUGGGGGAGUCUGUCCCGGGGAGAGCAGGUGACGGGGUGGGGGAGGGAGGGAGUGAAAGAGGGGAAAGAGCUGUAAAAAAAAAAAAAAUCACCUGUGUUCGAUUGUAAAAUAUAUUUUGCUGUAACGCCUACGCGGCAGCUUGUAAUUUGCGGGUGUAAAGUGAAGAGAAACACCCGACCGGCCUGAAGGUUCUCCCGCUAAAGAGAAAUAGAGAGAGUGCCGGGGAGGAGGGGGGAGACCAACUUUUCUGACGGGGCAAGGUGCCACGUAUGGGAUGAUGAUUGAUGGGUAACAGGCGGUGGAUAGAUUUCGCUUUAUAGGAACCAAAACGGCGCGUUUUCUUGGAAUGCGUUGUCCUACAGGAAAUGAGGGUUUCACGAAGCCUUGAGGUCUGGAAAAUGGGCACCAUUAACUAUUUGGAUGCACUAAGGGUGCAGGAACAGCUGGUCUCUAAUAGAAAAGCUCAUAAAAUUCCGGACACUCUGUUGUCCCUGCAACAUCCACCUACAUAUACGCUUGGUAAACGACGAACUGAUCACAAUUUAUUGAUCCCUGAGUCUGACCUUAGAAAGAUGGGAGCUGAACUUCACUACACACAAAGAGGAGGAGAUAUCACAUUUCAUGGUCCACAUCAAGCCAUUUUGUAUCCCAUUAUUUCUCUCCGGGAUAUUGGACUUGGUGCUCGUAAUUAUGUGGAGAAGCUUGAGUUAACUAUGAUUGAACUGGCAUCUCUUUACGGUGUGAAAGCUUGUGCUGGGCAAGCAGGUGAAACUGGGGUUUGGGUUGGAGAGAGAAAGAUUGGUGCUAUUGGGGUUCGAAUUUCAUUUGGAAUCACCUCUCAUGGGUUGGCCUUCAACAUCGAUCCUGAUUUGAACUAUUUUAAGCAUAUUGUACCUUGUGGGAUUGCCAAUAAAGAAGUUACGUCUUUGAGAAAGGAGACAGAUUUGGUGCUUCCUGCUGAAGAAGUAGUUCAUGAGCAGUUAAUUUCUUGUUUUGCAAGACAGUUUGGUUAUAGCAAUCUUCUUUGGAAGGAGAAUGGAUUAAUUUUACAAAAGGACUGUGAAAACUGAAGGUCAUGCUAUUGUAUACCAAAUGAUCAGUCUAUGUAAGCGCUGUUGCACUCUAUUUCGAUAUAUUUAUUGAAAUGUACUGCAGAAAAUGUUGAUUUCUUUUUUGAUGUUUUUAAAAUGGGUGUGUUACAAAUGAAAGUCGGGUAUUACAAGAUCUUGUAAACUUAUCAGAAAAGCAAAAAAGUCCAAGUUCUUGUAAUAUCUGUGGCUGUUACCACUUUCCUGAUGUGGACUUGGAGCUGUCAAAACAGUCACAACAGCUUUGCAAGGGGAUGAAAGAUGAGCUUGAUAGAGAAAUGGUUGCUUUGGGCAAUGAACGGGGGGACAUUAAGGAGAGAGUCUCAACGUCGGCAAUGGUGGGGAACCCCGAACGAGCAAUACAUUCAAGUAAAGGAUCAGUUUUGCAUGGGUUGUCCAGGGCUUGGGGGAAUUUUUGGUUGUUUCUGACUUCCUACUUUAUUUUAUCUCAUCAAUAUUUGAAGGUUUCUAUGCAUUCUUUUGUAAGAGAAGAGACUAUUGAAUCGUGUUGUGAGAAUACAAAAUGGAACUGUUUUGUCAAUAUUACA